UCUCCUAACAUUCAUAGGAUGCUCACUAUGGAAUUGAGGCGGUCUGAAGGAGGCUGGUGUCAAAUUCCUGACCGCGGAGGAGAUCCAACACGACGCAGUCGGGGCGCAGCGACUACCGAUCGAAUGAUUGAUGCUCCACAUGAUCGAUAAUCACCAUUAACGUCGUCUGGUAAUCUUUCACCACCACUUUGGACAUUUUCUUUGUCAUUCGACAGAAGAUCUUUUGUCAUGACUGUUUCUCCAUGCGCAAUCGAUCCACUCGCUUGCAUCAGAUGAUCCACAGGACGUUCUCUGUUUAACUUAAGUGUUUAAAAUGUUGACGAAAGGCUAACGUAACACUUUAAUAUUUACUCCCCGGAGUCGCAGUUAUAAAAAAAAAACUUGCCUUCACUUUUCCACGACGGAAGUGAUCUCAAAUCCUGUUCACUGGCUGCUGCCCCGUUACAAACAUGGUGGAUAGAAGACGUCCUUAACCACUUUUGGACCAUCUUAUUCUUCAUGGAGACAUGCUUACUGGACUUUUGGGCCUGAAAUGUCAAGGCAACUCAGCGCACCGGUACAGCGAAGGAGUCAUGGAAGGUGGCAGAGCCUCAGGGACAGCUGGCGGCUUCAACUGUAAGAGGCCUGGGUACAUGAGAGGGGUGCAGUCCAGACCACAAACCACUACUGAUGAUCAGGAAGAUGGGGAGGAAGAUGAGGAAAUUUGCAUAAGCGGAUGUCAGACGGAUGGAAUGAGUCUAUCACCUGCUGUCAGAAUAUCCACAUUGAACCUUCUACAAACUGAUGACAUUCCUUCUCUUUCCACCAACCACAGUACCCUUAAGGGUGCAUCCAGUCACCACAGGGACCUCGUAUUAAACCCUAGCCCAGUCCUUCAGCAUACAACUCAGGCCAGCCUGACUAUCCCAGAAGAGUCUUUUAAUUCCAGCUUCAGUUUUAUUCAGCAGUCUCUCUCGACCCCCGCUACACCAGCACAGGACUUAAAACCUCAUCAAGCCACAAAAGUGCCUUCUUUGUCUCACAUUAAACCAGCAUCUCUUGAUCAGCCUGACUCAAAGCAGUCACCCCUGGUCACCUCUACCUCUGCCCCCAGCAUCCAUGAAGAGACGGAGACGCUAUCAUUAUUAGGGGGAAGGUUUUGGGGGGAGCGUGUUUGGGGCAGCAGGGAGGUCACAUCCUAUCUACCCGACGGUGACUUUCAGUGUCUGGAUACAGAAGUCACCUCUUCACUGUCACUGGACUCAGACACCGCAUCUGCCUCCUCGGUUACCUCCGGGUAUGAGAGCGCCACACCCGCUUCCGACCAAGGCUGGGACAAUUGGGUGCGGAAGUAUGACCACGUGCUGCAAGACUGCCUACAAAACAACCGGACACACACAAAGAUCGAGUCGAUGAUGUUAAAGCUCCAGAGCCUCCAGCAGAAAGCCAUCGUGGAGGAUGAUUAUGAUGCAGCUGAGCGAUUUGGGAAAAAGAUAGAGGAGCUGUGCAGAGAGCGAGCAGCUCUGAAGUUGGGUUUACCUUCCAGACAGCCCACCGUGGCCCUGUUCCUAGAGAGGCUCAGACAGGUGGUGCAGGGCGCCCUCCAGAGGACAGACAUCUGUCAUCACAGGUCGAGUGCAGAUCCUGAUGCAGGGGAGCGGUCUGAUUCCAGCCAUAGAGAUCGUCUCAUCCAAGAGAAACAGACAGUAGAGGAUGAAAUAAAAGAGCUGCAGCAGAGAUUGACAGAGCUGAAGGAUCGCAGUCGAUGUCUGGAGCAACAGAUCCAGCAGGAGGAGCAGCAAAUGGAGGCUGAAGACCUCGAGGCCUCUGUGUUGAGGAGCUGCCCUGUGGCUCAGCUUCGAGACAUGAACCGAACCCUUCAUGACCUUGUCACCUCUGAGAACCGCACCCAGAUCGUCGUCUCUCCUCCACCGUCUAUGCUCAGACUUCAGGAACAGGAGCAGGCAUUGAAUCUAUCCAUCAAGGAAGCCACUUCCAAAGUGGUCAUGAGUCAGAAGCUGGGAAGCAGUCUGAGGAGGAAAGUCAGUGAGACUGAAACACAUCUCUUAGCCCUGCAGGAAGCCAAACUGGCAGCCAUCUCAGGUAAUGACUUCAGCAGUGCCAAGGAGCUGAAGGCUGAGAUGAAGGUGGUGUACCAGGAGCAGGAGAGACUGGAGGCCCUGGCCAAGAGGCUGCACAGUCUCAGCUCAGGGAGCAGCCAAGAGCUGGCCAGGAUGAAGGAGCAGCGGCAGCAGCUCAGACAGGAGUUGGAGCAGAGGGAGGGGCAGCAUGAAAGCCAGUUGAAAGAAAACACUGGAAAGUAUAUUGAGCUAUUGGAGGACAGGUUACACAGCUGUAGCUGUCCGGGCUUGGAGCGGAUUUGGGAAGCUGACCUGGAGGCAUGUCACCUGUUCUUACGAGGCCUGCAGCUGCGAACAUCCAGCUGCAAUGGAGCGGACGUCGACGACCAUGCCGCCACAGCUGGUUAUCCUUCAAAUCAAGUGUGCACCAAAGAGGAGGAAGACAGCGCCAUGUUGACUGCUUUAGGAGGCUGCUGGUGUCCCGAGGCCAAUUUACAGAACUCUGAGUUCACCAAGAAACUGGAGGAGUUUUUGUUCUGCAUGGAGGAUAUUAACCCGCAGCAGGAUGUGUCCAGCGAUGAUGAAGCAGCAGACCUGGCAGAGCGCUGUGAACUGAUCAGUGACAGACUAAUCACCUUGGAGGAUGACUUACACACGGCCAUGCUGAACCAGGAUCAGGCCCUCACUGAUAUCCUUUCACUCCUGUCCAUGAGUACAGAUGUUAAAAAUAUUUGUUUCUCUCCAUUCAUCUUUGAGACCUGUAGUUUCCUGGAGGCUUACCAACUCACGCAUCCAGAAUAUGUCAGGGCAAACCAAAUGUUAGCUCUCUGCCACGGUUAGGUGGAAAAUAAAUAGCUCAAGCUGUCUUAUCUGACAUUCAGAGGAAUGGAAGCUGAGCAGGGAUCAGAGGAUUUCUGCUGACAGGCAGGAUGUGCCACCUGGAAAAUGAAAUGGUAAGAGUCCAAGUGAGGUUGUUGGAGGGUCGACGACGUGGGCUGCCAUUCACGGGCGCUGAGAUUAAAGUAGGCAGACAGGGGCAGCACUGUGGCAAAUAGAGGAAUGCCAUUGUAAUGACUGGAAUACUGUCCUAUCUCCAGGUCCAUCUUUUCAUUGACCCCUCCUCCCACAACCCCAUUUCUCACCUCAUGCCGUCCACCUUUUCUCGCUUGCUGGAUCUGACUCGGAGAAAAUGAUAAUAUCCAUGAUAAUGAGUCACAUGGAAGCUGAUUGCAGGUCACAAUACUUCAUUUUCUGUGCUAAUUAGAAAGCUGAUUGGAUGCGGAUUAGUUUGUUUUUGCUCUUUCAAGUCUCCCUCCAUGCUUUUUACAAUAGAAAAGUUGGUAGUCCGACUUUGCAAUGAAGCCGUUUACUAUCUAAAUUCUGGGAAGCCUCAUGCCCUUACCUAGUACACGAGGCACCAGAAAUUAAAUCAAUUUGAGUUCAUUGUUAUGCAGGGGCUGCACUCUUUUCACAUCAGAUCAAAUAUUCCUUCCUUUAUCGUGUUAUGAGUGGUCAGUAUGGCCUCUUGCACUGUUAGCAAGAUGUCAGAGACAGAUUGGCCCUCCUUUUUCUACCUUUCCUCUUUCAAUGUCAGUCAUUGUUGCCUUUUUGAAGUAUGUGCACUCAUGCAAAAAGGAGUGUGGACACUUGAGGUCACUGAGGAAACAGGACAAUAUUGUUAUUUGCUUGCAGAAAUUGAACAGGAACCAAACACUGGAUGAUGCUACAGUUGCUAUAGAAACUGGAAGAUCAAAACUUCAACCUCUGUGGAGCUUAAUUGAGUUUUCAUCUCUACAAUGAGAUGUGAGGAGAGACAGAAAAGCAAAUUCCAGGUAGUUUUUUAUGCCGUUUGUGGCAUAUGUGUCUGUUUUCCUGAGGCUUUUUGCGGAGGACUUUUGAGUUGGAGUGAAGCUAAUCACACUUAUCAUGGUGAGCGGCUUUUCAAGUGUUUUUGGCAUUUGUAGCACCCCCUCUGGGUUCAGAUUGAAAUGCUUAGGAGGACAUGCCAUCGCACUUGUUGUGUAGGUAUCCUCAACAUUUUAUGAUGAUUGAACAAAUUUUCAAUGAGUUACACCCAAAAAUUAGUUUCACAUGCAGAACCGAUGAAAAAGAAUUCAAUUCAAGUGUUUUUCACCUUCUCUAUCAAAGUAUUGGCACUCGCAACUUUCUUUGGCCCCAUGGUGGGUUAUUUAGCAGUUGUACACUAAAAAACUUACGGACAGUGAGCGAGCAAAUGCAAAUGUAACCAAGCUGUAGAAUGACUGACAAGUUCUUAAUGAUAACGACACAUUUCCUCAUAAAAUAAAUAGAAACACUCAAAAUAAUCCAAAAGUCAAAUCGCAUGACAUGCUCGCUCACCCGCAACUACAUUUGUGUGCGCGUCAUUAAUUCAUGUGAUUGCUCCUUUUACAAUUAAUGAUAGCCAACAGUGGUACACCAAUAUAGGCAUGAUGGGACAAGCAAACGGCCUGAAGCAUGAAUGCUCAGGGCCAGGAGAGGGAAGGUGAACGGCACCCAAGACCAGCACAGCGCAAAUGGGCCUAGUGUGAGUACUCCCAAAACUUGAGUAAAAUGGUCCUUAUGUGGCUACUUUAUGUGUAUUGCAGAUAACAAUUAGACAACAGGUCAAUGAGUUAUGGGCAAUUAUCUGCCAAGCCCGAUUACUGAUUAGGUUUGAUGUUUUGAUUUGUAGAGCGUAAUGAGUUGAAAUGGUGUGAGUAAAAAGAUUAUAAGAAGAAAAUAAGUGAAGAAGUCGUGGUUAGUUUGUUUCGACAAACUUUACUAUCCCAUUUAGACUGUGCUGCUUUCAAAGUGUAGCCAAACCUUAUGCAGGAUCCAGCCUUUUUUAAUGGCUGUUUUAAUUAUGGAUGGAGACAAUCUGUGUCCAUUCAAACAGUAAAACGAGCCAUCAGGCUCCAUCUGCCAUCAAAACCGCCCCUUUGAUUAGACACUUUGAUUUGAAGCCGGACACUGGCUGGCUUGAUUUGGGUUUCUAAGCAGGUUAAACAAGUCCCCUGUGACGACAGCCUCUAUCCCGUUUCAUUGAUGGCUUAUGAAUAAUGCAGCUGUGCAGUCGCUUUGCUCGGGUCCUGCCACCCAGCACCACUGAUGAGAUCAUGAAUUUUGGAUUGGUCCAAUUCACUCCUCAAGUGCAUGGGGUUAAAUUGAGUACGUCGUGAUGAUGUGUCCCAGUAAUCAGCUUGGUGACCAAAAUGGACAUAGAUGACUUCAUCAGGUCAUUGCUAUUACCAUUAAGCGUCUAAAGCCACAAGAAGCGCAUCUUAUGUCAUAAUAUAUGGCGGCAUUUUAUUUUCAACUUAAUGCAAGUCUAUUUCUUAACUCACGCUGCACAGUCGCUAGAGAAGCAAGUUCAGGAAGUUAAAGCCACUUUGCAAAACAUGCUCGCCCUGCUCAAAGAGGAAGACGAGGAUGCUCGGGAACUGCAAGACGAUGAUGACCCGGUGGAAAAUGGGAUUUUAGAGGAGGAAGAGGAGGACCAGUACUUCAGUGACAGCUGGGACAUUUGAAGCAGAAGCCUGUUGUGUUUUAUGAGCACUCACACUGGGAGCCCGACCUCCACUCUCCAGUGGAAGUGACCCCCUCUCCACUUGAUGUAAAGCCUCACUCAAAGCAUUUACAAGCGGUGCCCUGUGGAACUGCUAAAAGUCUCAAAAAAGGUUUUAUCGAGGUGGGGCUAAAACACUUGCAAAUGUAUGUAUAGGAAAUACUGUAAGUGCCUUUAGGUCUUUCUAGCUACUUUUGUCCACUAAAAUCAAUCAAUCUUUGAAAUGAAGUGAAACCCAGGUUAAAUUGAUUUUGGAAGUCAUAUGAUGUGAUACAAUAAUGUAUAUAUUACUAAGCUAAAGCCCAGUGACCAAACCAGAAAAUGUACACUGAACCCCAAAAUGAGCACAACAUAUAUUUUUACAUUUUGUGGGGCCAAAAAGACAAUCUACAGAUCUGGAAGGGAAAACUGCACUUUUUUGGACGUUUCCAUCUUCCACAAUUCUUAUGAGAAACAUGAACACAUGUCUUUCCUUUUCUGUGCGGAGACAGAGAAAAACAGCUAGCAUGAGGCAGCUAACAAUGCACGUAUUGGGACCCACCUCUUUUUAAAAAAAAAACAAACAAAAAAAACCCCUCCAAAAACAGCAACAAUGUUCCAUUUACAUAGUAUGACGUGCAUAUUAACCAAGCUACAGCAACAUUAUUGUAUGAGUUAACACUGAAUACUGGUGUAGUGACACAGCGCCUCGCUCAACGCCUCAAGAGGUAACAUUAGCUAAUGGAGUUGCUGCAUCGUCUGUGAGUUUGAAUUGAAUUUAACAGCUCAACGGGGAGCGCAAGUCUUGAGUUGAAAGAUACAGCCGUCCCAUCAGUCGGCAUCCCAGUGAGAGCGGACAUUGUGACUGUUUCAUUAUGGUUUUAGUUUCUCAAUGAAACUUUUAGCACUAGUGCUACAUGCUAACAGUAUGAGAAUGGCUCCGUGUUUCACUAUAGCUGGAUCUGCCUGACACCCAGCAACGUUAUUCUCUGCCUUGGGGGAGUAAAAGUAAAUAGUAGUAGUCGGCGGCGGCGACUCUCACGAAGUGUGCCAUGACUAGUGAUAGCAAACGUGCUCUAUAUUGCCGUUGUUGACGGAAGUAGCGGUCGUUGCUAUGGGCUCUGUGAAAUCAGUGCGCCCAGGAAGGACUUUAUGUUUAUGCUUAAAAUGACCAAAAUACUCUUAAGUAUUACAAGUUAUUAUGAAUGUGCCUGUUACUAAAUGGUUACAGCAUGUAUAUAAAAUGGUAAAACAGAGGUUUCUGGAGGUCUUUUCAUGGAGGGCUCGAUAGGCGGACAAGGUGAAACCCAUUACAUGCAUUGUUAGCUGCUUCGUGCGAGCAGUUUUUCAACAUUUAGAACGCACUUAAAAGGAGAAGGACGUGCGUUCAUGUUUCACAUAAGGAUUGUCGAAGAUGGGCAAAAUUGCCCCCCAAGAAAGUGCAGUUUUUGUUUAAUAUGGUAAAACAUUCAUGCACAUAAACAGUUUUUUAAGUCCUGUGGAUAUUUAUGUGCAUUUUUAAUUACAAGUGGACUUCAUGUCAUUUUGUGUGCUUGGUGCUAACUUGAACACUAUUGUUUAAUUGUAAAAAUGCAAUAUUUGUGCUCUGUGGCUGAAGGAUCAAAUUACAAAGGAGUAUUAGGUCCUCAAUGAAAGGGAAAAAAGGAAUGUUACAAUUUUAAAAAAUCAGAAACAUACAAGAAUAAAGUUGUUAUAAGGGGAAAAAAGGCGUAAGUCAAUUUUUUUUUUUGCCAAAAUGUACAAAUUACAAAUAUAAAAACAAAAAUACAACAUUCUGAGACCAGCAUUCCCUGUGUCUCUUUAGAAAGCAGCUAUAUAUCUAUUAGGUCAUAUUUAUUGUUGAAAGCCCAACCAAAGAAGUGGUUUAGUCCAAGUUUGUACUGUAAUUUGACAAGAACCCAAGCAGUUCUCGGCAGGUCUGCUUUACAUUAUGCAUUUAUUCUAGUUUAUCUUUGCACUUUUUUUACUGUAAAAUUAAUUUUUUUUUUUUUUUACCUGGUUUAUCUUGUACUGUCGUCGCUCGCCACUCCAGACACACAAGCACGAGACUUGCUUGCCGCAACAACAGGCUUUUAUUGCAGGUUUCACGUAUCUCACAACAGGCAGAACUAUCCAUAACAGAGCGACUGUUGCAGCCGUAACCCACGCCAAGCUGAAACUCAACUCUGAACCUCUGUUGUCACUUCCUGUCCAGCCACCGAGUUUACUCCCCUCGCACUGGAACACAUUUACAGCAACACACAUGGGCACAAGUUUAAUCUGUGUCGUAAAUGGCUUAUUUUCUGUUAGUAAAAACUGUACUUAGAAGGUCGUAAACAGGUUUUCUAUACUCCAACUACAGAAAUAUUCCAUUUAUAAAUAAGGAAUACUACUUCGCAGAAAUUCAUUUGACAGGCGGGUGUGGAACCAAUUACCCGUAAUAAAUGAAAGAUUACUGUAUAUGUACGAUUUUUUUCUUGUAUUAUGACAGCUCUGUUCUUGUAAAAACAUGAGUUUUUUCUUAUUUGAAAUAAGGAAGCUACAAUGUUAUUUAAUUUACUCUUGUAAUAUUAUGACUUUAUGAUAUCAUUUGAGUUCAUUCUCAUGACACCAAGACCUUUUUUCCACAAAAUGAUCACAUAAUUUUACAGUUUUAUUCUUGUAGUUUAAAAAAUACGAAAUUAUAAUAUUACCUUUUUAUAAUUUAAUAUUGCCUUUUUUUCUGGCAGUUUAUUCUGGGAAUAAUACAACUUUUUUCCCUAUCGUAUUUCUUUCCCCUCGUCAGUGUGUCCAUAAUACUCCUUCCUAUAAAAUAACGUCAUGCUUUUGCUAUUUAAAUACUUGCACGCGUAUUAAGCAACUUUGAAGGAUAAAAUAUCAGUUGGCACAGAAAAAGGUGUGAAACUGCUGUUUGCACAACCGACUGCAUGAUGUUUUAUGCUAAAUUGUGUUCAUUCCAGAUAUUGUCUAAUUUUAUUUUGAAUGCAUUUCACAUUCCCAUAUGUCCUAUUUAUUGCCUCUCAUGUCUCACUAAUUACAGUUAUAUACGUUCUGCCCGAUGACGUGCCCUCCAGUUUUCUUGUUGCCUCUGCUUUGGCGAUUGCCCCUCAUGGAGAAAGUGUGGGCAUCCUUCCAGGCAAGUGGGGGCAGUGUUGACAUGCCGGAGCUAUCAAUACACUAAUAAAGGUCCUCUAGUGAUGUCUGUAGGGGAUACAAGCUUCUUUUGUUAUCUCACCUCCGCAGCAGUCGUGUGGCUAAUUGGAAGACAAACUGGUUGGCGGAGGGCGUGUGGCGGUGAAGGUGGAGUGCUGUUGCUUUGUCUCCAUCUGAUCCAGCCUUGUCUGUUGUUGUGGGCCAGGCGGCUGUAUCCUUAGAGGCGUGUGCAGUCUCGGCUUGUAAACACAGCUGAGUGCUCGGGCGGGCUUUUUCCACAGUAGCACAAUGCCUCUUUCGCACACUGCUGACAGGUUGAAAAGCACUUUCCGAGCCAGAAGACUCCACCUCCUAUCAGCUUGAGGGAACAUACAUUUGGGGCUUGGCGCGCACACACACACACACACACACACACACAUUUUCGUCCCCAAAACUCCCACCUCAUAAUUGAAUCUGUUGAGGCACCACACCGAGUCCCCUGAGACAGCCGGGCUCAUAAAAUUGCUGAGGGUAAAACUCCAGAUGGUUUGCAGCAGAUACAUAUAGCGAGACAAUACUGUAUGUUUACUCGUUUGGGAUGAAAUUGUCUGUCAUAUACGUCACUGGACAUUUCAUGAGGUGCACCUAACAGGAUCCAAUACAAGAGGUGUAUCACAAAAAAGCCUUUACAAGGAUAACACUUUUUGAUAGAGGUGUACUUGUUAUUGUGGAUGUUGAACACUGAAAUCUACAAAUCUAAAACAUAUUUAGCUACACGAGUGCGCCAACGUAUCGCAUUUACCCGAAUGUAAGACGACCCUGAAAACAUGACUCUUUCAAUACCCAUUCAUCCAUCUAUCUUCUAUGCCGCUCAUCCUCACUGGUAUGUAUCCAGCAGGUAUGCUGGAGCCUAUCCAGCUGACUUCGGGCGAGAGGCGGGGUACACCCUGGACUGGUCCCCAGUCAAUCGCAGGGCACAUAUAGACAACCAACCAUUCACACCUAUGGCCAAUUUAGAGUGUCCAAUUAACCGAACAUGCAUGUUUUUGGAGUACCCGGAGAAAACCCACGCAUGCACGGGGGAGAACAUGCAAACUCCACACAGAGAUACUCAACGGAGAUUGGAACCCAGAUUUUCCCGAUCUCCUGAUCUCGCCAACAUGCUAACCACCAGGCCACCGUGCGGCCUUUUCAAUACCCAUUUUUGGAGAAAUAUUUUUAAAAGACACAUUCAAAGACAACAUUUUCUUUUUUCGAUCAUAUUUUCAAUAUUAGUUUAAUCAUGUUUGUUUCAUCGUGUAUUUUAGUAGUCAGUUUUUUAAUGGAAAAUUCUAAUUAGCGUCACAACUUCUCUGAUUUUGCUAACAGUGUCAUGUUUGCUUCAGUUAAAACGUAAUGCAGUGACGUGCUGUCGGGAGGCAGGAUGAAAAUUUAAAAAAAAACGAAGAAACAUUGCUUACCAUUCAACUGUAUUAGAAAUGUAUUUUCUGAAUGGCUGAUUUUGUACAUUUCCUGAUUAAGUACAGGACAGAAAUCUAAGAUGCCAGCGUCGCUUCUCGGCCUACUGCACAAGCCCUGCCUACCGAGUGCACUGAGUUGGAUCAUGGUGCUUACCAGUUUGUGUUUGACAGCAUGUCACAAAUAGUACAGUGUUGCAGAAACAUUUAUUAUACACCAUGAUGUUCUACAGCCUGUGUAAUGUCUUUACGCAACUGUGACAUCAUUAGUCUUGCUAAUUGGCCAAUGAAAUACACAGAAAUGUCAUAUGCAGAGGCGUUUGCAGUACUUGCUUCAUUUUGAAGGGAUGGAGGCGUGCGUGAGCUGGAAGGUGCAGAGAGGAAAAUAGAGAUUUUUUUUUUUUACAGCAACAGCACUAGCUAGCAGUAAGUCAAAUGGGAGAUACUGUAUUUUUAUGCUGUGCUGAAUGAAUGAAUUUGGCUGCCAAAUGGAGGAUUAUAUAUCCGAGCGCAUGAGUAGGUGAUCACACUUUUACAACAAAUUAUUUCUUUUCAUGGAGAAGGAUAGAAUGCAAAAGUAUAUGAAAACAAAUUGAAGUCAUUUUUUAACCAAAGUGAAUGACUCUUCUUCUUUUUGUUGUUAUCCUGUUAAUGAACCUCACCACACGUCGUUGGUCAAGUGUGAACGCAGUCAUCAAACAAGUGGACCGAGGCCCAGGUCUCUCCAUCGGCCUCAGUCCGCUUGUUUGGUGCAGAACGGGGUUCACAAGUGAACUCAGGUAAGGUGGGAUUCGUAUGCUACCUGUGCCGUUACAAAUAUAUAUGAGAAAACGCGUCAGAAGCACUGUCUAUGUGCUCCAUUUUUUCUGUUAGAUUGCAUGCAUUCUAGUCACUGAAGCGCUAUUUUUUUUCAGGCUGUUUUCUAGGGAAAUAGUCUAAUGUCUGUCAUUACAUUGUAUAAAUCUUAUUGGUAUAUUGAUAGGUGUGAGAGGUACACGUUUUGGUUAGCUUCCCGCACGGAAUCAUCUGAGGUAAGUGGGAAUGACGGCAUGUAUAUCUGGACUGAUGAGGUCAUUUCUCCUGAGAGCAAACAUUUUAGCUUCAACACAUUUUUUUUUCUUCAAACUGAGUUCAUGCUGACUGUGUUUAUCACUCGGCUGGUGAAUAAAUUACACCGGGCAAUCAAGCGCCAAGAAAAUGUAUGCAGAGUCAAUAAACAUCUUAAAUAAUUUAAUUGCGAAGCACACCAAAUCUGUUCAUUUUUCUGUGAAAGUAUUCACAUAGCACAAAUUAGUUUGGGUGUAUAUAUUAAAUACAUGAAUAAUUGUACACUGCUAAUUGUAUUGAGGGAACAACUGGAUUGUGUCUUCAGUGAGCAACCAGUUAGUCAACUUCCAGGAAAUAUCUAACUCAUUUCAGUCCACUGCAGGACAAAGACCUCUUUAUUAUCAGUCCAUUUGUUUUUGUUGCACCAUGUGCACUCCUCAACCUGCUCACAUAUUCUCUCAUCAUCCAUCUACCGCCUUGUUUGUCUUCUCCUAUGUUCAGUGUCUGUUAUCUCUUCUUGCAAUGUGCCCCCCGAGCUGCUCUUUUUAGUUUUGUUUCUUGCAUGCUAUCCAAACCGUUGGUCCAAACUUUUAGAUCCAAGUUUCUGAUCCUGUUCGUUUUACAACCCCGACAACCAUCUCCUGUGUUGUUCACAUAUAGCUUCUUCUCCAAGUCCCUGACACAUAUGACAGCACAUAGCAGUCGAUCCGUAUCGCAUUUUUGAUCCUCACUUAAACAAAAUCUGCCCAAACUAGAAAACGAUAUUCAUGUACAGACGAUCUUCGUGUUACAACAUGGUUGCAGUAUAAACACAUCCAUGCAUCCAUUUUCUGUACCGCUUGUCCUCAAUAGGGUCGCGAGUAUGCUCGAGCCUAUCCCAGCUGUCUUCGGGUGAGAGGCAGGGUACACCCUGAACUGGUCGCCAACCUAUCAGGGCACAUAUAGACAAAACCUUUUACAGCAUUUUAUACGUCCUUCAUGUGUUCUGUGUAUAGUGUGAGUGACUUAGGUGUUAAUUUAGGUAGAAAUUCAGACUAAAUCUCGACUUAGAUUGCAGUCGUAGGAACGGACCUCGUUCAUAGACCUCCUGUUUACGUAUUAUUGGCCUCCCGUGCAAAAGGCUUAGGCCAGCACUCAUUUUAUUGUUUAAUUUAAUCAUUUUGACACAGUAAUACAGUAAACGGAAGGACAGAUAAUUCACAGGAUUAAAAAAACCAACACAACAAAGGAAGGAAGACAUCUUUACAUCAUGGCGAGGAUCUGGAAAAAGGGGCUAACACGGGUAUUUAUUAUGACGCUCACUAUGGCAUCAAUGGCAGAAUUGUUUUUAAAUAUUUUAACAAUUUAGCCUUGGUGGAGGUUUGCACUCUAUUGAGUGACAUUCUAAUUAUAUGUCAGUGUUUCUUACACACAAUCAUUUAUUUGUUGUGGUCCACCACAAAUAUAUUUUGGACAUCCACAAAUAGAUUUGGUGCUACCUGUUCACCCUCACUCAAAAACACAUUAUAAUGGGACAGAGUUUGUGUAGCUUGUUGUUACAACUCCGUACGGUAGAUGGCGCCGUAACUCUACACCUCAUAUGCACCUGAACUGCCAGAGAAUAAGAAGAUCUUGCAGGACAUUGCCAAGUUAAGGACUUUGUCUCUAUAUUUAACAAGCAUUGUCUUUUCCAAAAAAGCAACUAGCGACAAAUCUAGCAACUUUUUCUGGUCUUAUUCGACACUCUCGGGGACUCUAUAACAUGAUAGAAAGUAUUGCUCCUCUCGAUGAGCAGUGGGUACUGCUGCAUAGAAAAAUGUAUUUUUUUAAAAAUAUCAAAGCACUCACAGGCGGCUCUGCCUUGUUUGUGACAUAAAAAAACACAAAAUAAGUGACAGAAGUAUUCGUAAACAUAUUUUCUUUGCUUUUCCUGUUUUUUUGCUCACUUUUUGUCUCUCCCACAGCAUCCACACAAAUUACAUGCACACGCGUCAUGGCACUUAGCAUAUUGGAAUCCAAAUGUGGACAGAAUUCAGUUUCUCCCAUUUUUCUCCAUGCCCACCUCUGCCCUGGAAUACAAAUAUUACAUAGUAUAUAAUAAUAAUGAUAAUUAGUCUCGCAACAUGGUGGCCUAGUGGUCAGCAUGUUGGCCACGCAGUCAGGAGAUCUGGUUUGCACCUCUGUUUGGGCAUCUCUGUGUGGAGUUUGCAUGUUCUUCCUGUGCGUGGGUUUUCUCCGGCUUCAGAAGAAUGGGAAUGUUCGUCCCGGUUCCCAUCGACUCGAAGCCCAACCCCAAAUGGGACAUACAGCUUCUUUUUGUGUACUGUAGAAUUAAUGCAGCCCAUUGUCUAAAAUAGUCCAUCCAAUAAGUAGAGAGCUCUUAUUGCGCUCCAUCAAGCUUGAUAUUUUGAGGUGACAAUAAAGAAGUAAUCAUGCUGCCAGAUGACAGAGACUUCUGGCUGGACGGGAAGUGUUUGCAUCUCUGCCAUCGCGCAAAUGUGCUCUAAUCUGCUCAAACUGUACUAUAAAAAUGAGAGUUGACUAUUUUAUGUAAUUUUCUUGAGCCUGUACCAUCAAUCUUUCCUCAUGUAUCGUGUUUACGACUACAUCAUUAAGUAGGAUACUUUUUAAAGCACAGGGGGGAUUGGGAAAACCCUCUAUUAAAUAUAUGAUCAUAUCAGCUCUUACUGUGAGUUAAAAAUGGUGAAAUUGCUUGAAAGACAAAUGUAUACAAUGUGUGUGUGUGUGUGUGUGUGUGUGUGUGCGUCAUCUCAGAAGUACUGAGAAGUCGCUGUAAAAGCUUAAGCUUGUCCUUUUCUCCAAAAUCGUUGAUGUAAUCCCAUCCUGCAAACCCAAAUUGAAAAUGUGCUGCUUCCUCCCCAAGACUGACCUUACUAUCGAAAGACAAGACUUAAAGUGAACUUCUGUGUGACUACUUUAGUGAAAAAUAUUUGCCGCUUUCAGAGUUUUCUUUUACAUUUGGACAGGUCUUAACAUCAGUCACUAGACGGAACACUACCUACAAUCGCGGUGCUAAGACACACAAAAAAUGACAGCACAACAUGUAACAGGUACGUACAGUAAACUACCACUCUUCGGAAUAAUUAACAACUCUAAACACCAACUUCAGCAACUUUUUACAAACCGAGUACCACAAUGCAUGCUGGGAGCCGACAUCACUCCAAUUUAAGGUUGGAACAAAAUAUCUAUAUAUCGAACUAUAUAUCGCGAUAUUAAACCCUUCUAAGGAUUAUCAAUACCUUUCGCCGUGUACAUUUUUUUAUUAUUAUUAUUAAAAUAUAGCCGUUACACACGUCUAUCACCGUUCCUGCUCAGUUGAGUGACCAUUUUACAUGUAAUCCAGGAGGAGCUCUUCACGACAGCGGCACAAAUUUGGGUGGAAACCACGGAAUACGAAUAAAUAAAAGCAGAAAAAAAUAAACAAAUGGAGCGUAAUACACGGGCGAAGAAUGGAAAGACAAGCCAGCGUAGUUCAAAUCAAAAGUGUGAACUCACUUUGGCUUUUAUGGAGUGGCUUUUAUGUUGUGUUUUCUGAAUGAGUUUAAAUUAGCUUUACUGUUUGUCAAACACCGAAACUAAAAUUGUGUUUACACUUACAUUACACUAAAACUGUCAUUUUUUUUGCACCACCACUGCUGUUAUUCUGCAAAAAUUCCACCCAUUUUGUAUACUGCUUGUCCUCAUUAGGGUCACGAGUAAGCUGGAGCCUAUCCCAGCUGAAUGCAGUAAAAUACAAAUCGCGCGCCGAUAAUCGGGGCCGAUAUUUGUAAUUUUGACGUAUAUCGGUAUCGGCCUUUAAAAAAUCAAUUUAAAACUGGGUUAUUUCCGCUCUCUCUCCUGGAGGCUGCAACUUCUGUCUCCAGCAUUGCUCCACCCACGGCGCCAUCUGAUUGGUUAAGCAAGCCACAGCACGUGUUAGUGGCAAUCUGAUUUUACAGCACCCUGAAUUAGACACAUUGCAACCUUUGGAUCCUUUUAAAAGCAUGUUAAGGAUCAUUUCUGUGUUUUAAUGGAACUGCCACCCAAUCUCCCGAGACAACCACCUCAAAAAGCCUGAAGUGCUGUAUUUUGUAUGUCAAUUUGCUAUACCAUGUUCAUAUGCUGAUGAUGUAUUCAGGUGCAUUUAAGAACUUUCAGACCAGUGAUAUCCAGCAAUAGACUGGUUGACAAUCAGCGUCAAUCAAUCAAAUCUCUGUAAGGAAGAAACCCAUUAUGGAGCUCCAGAUCGACUCAUGGAAAGAUACUCCCAGGGGGGCCUGAGGGUGGGAGAAAGAGAGCAGCAAUGUGACGGACACAAGGUUAACAACAACAGACAAUAAUAGAUUAACGACUACGACCAUAGUUUGCAGAUGCGGAAAAAACUGCAAGAACAGCCAAGGCCUAAAGAUCCACCAAUCCAGGAUGAAGUGUCUGAAGGAAGAGAGUGUAUCACAGGGCGCAGGAACCAGGCCAGGAAGCACCCAUAGUGCCCAUAGCCUUCGCGUGUCCAAACCAGUCCCCCCCAGGUUUGUCCCCGGAGAAGGUACGAAUCAAGUUACAACGGGCCUGCCAGACUACAGUUAGGGAGCAGUUUGACGAGGAUGUCGACAAGGAGCUUGAAGUGUCUGUGAAGGGAGAAGUGGAGCGUAAGUUGCAGGCAAUGGCAACCAAAAUCGUUCAACGUACACGAUGAACCAAAGAGCAGUGAAGAGCCACAAACUCCGACAGGAGCUGAAGUCUGGGACCCAAAUUGAACUGGGGCCUCGACCCUAAGUGUGGGAAACACUGGUUCAUAGCAGAGAGACCUUUGUACUUUUUUUGUUUGUGUUGUCCACAGGAAUGGCCUAUUUUGAAACCACAGAGGAGAGAAGAUAAUUGAUCACUUCCAUGUUCUUGCAGGAAAAACAUAUUGUUAGUAAAUCCCCCAGGGUGUGCUCGUUCAUUUAAGGAGCACGGGCUCACCUUGCAGCCUCCCUGGAGGACAGCCUGCGGAAGGAUGAAAUGUCUUAGACAUUUUGUCUCAGCAACAAACAAACAUACUACGUUAAGUAAAGAAAGCAUCAAUACAUCUCGUGGAUAGGCUCGGUUGACUUUUUUGGUGAAGGGGGAUAAGAUGUUUAAUGAAGGCUCCUGCAAGUGAAACUUUUUCCACCGAGGGCCACAUACUGAAAAAUUAAAGGAUGCUAGGGCCACUUAGCUAUUUUGUAACACAUGUAGAUAUGCUAAAAAGUUAUAUAUAUUUCAAGAAAAAAGUGCAUCUCAGCUUUGUGAUAUACAGUAGCUAAAAAACAUGUUAUUAGUAUGAACUUUGGUCUUCGCUCUUUUUCCCCCAUUUUUCCUGUUGUUUUUUUUUUUUAAUUUUCCAGAUAUUUCAACUUUAUUCCUAAAUAUUUAUUCCGAAAAAAAAAUUCUCAUAAUAUUAUGACUUUAUUCACAUAUUUUGAAUUUAUUCCCAUAACAUUACAGCUUUUUCCACAACCAAUUUCAUUUUCCAAAAAUUACAACUUCAUUUUGUUUUGUUUUUCCCAUAAUAUUAUGACUUAAAAAAAAGCAUU